UUUAUAUUUUCGUCUCCGCUGCGUUUUGAAAUAACGUUGAAAAAACUUGAUUUUUUGUGUGAUUUCUGAUCAUUCUUGCUCUCCGAAGACAGCUGAUGAUCCGUUUCACUUAGGCUAUUCGUCGAUCGUUGAAAGGUAGGCAUUUUAAAGUAAAAUUUUGAUUUAAAUUGUACACAAUUUGAUGUUGUAAAACACUUCAAUAUAAAAGUCCUUACAUUCUUUAGAAUUUAUCGUAUAUUUCAAGCUUCAAUCGGCACUCAAUCGAGGUUUAAAUUGUUUUGGGGGAUUUUCCAAAACUUUCCUGCUGUUGAUUGAAACAGUAUUAUUUGCUUUGUCAAGUUUUUUACCACAUUAAAAAUAUAGUAUCCUAAAGUUUUCUUCAAUCAAAAUUUUUGGGCUUAUAUUUGUUUAAUAGUUUGUAAUUAUAAACGAUAAAAGGAAAAUUGUUUAGCCAUAACUUACAACUAGAGAGUUUUAGAACAUAAAACCAUACUUGUUGGGUUGAAGAAUUUGAAGAUCAGAAAAUAUGAGUUUUAUAGUAAUUACAUAACAUAUUCAAGCAGUCACUUUGAAAGAUUUUUUGUAUCCAAUAUUAAAUCUUUGUGUGUCAAUCUUGGCAAGCAGAAAUGUGUAGUUUUGUCCUUUUUGCUUUGUAAAAGUUGUUAUAUAAACUAUAGCCGUAUAUAAACUACCUGUCCAAUAUACACAAGAUGAGAUAUCUAGAUGAACAUUCAAGCGAUUCAACCAGCUAGAAUUGAGCUAUUUUGUUUUAAAUAAACCUUACGUUUUAUUAUAUGCAGUGGCUUUUUGCCAGGCAACUCAUCUCGACAUUCAUAUGCCAUUUGUCCGACAGAAGUAUUUUCCUCGUUCUUGAAACAUUUUGAGAAGAUACAUAAUCCUCAUUGCAAAAAAGUUUUAUAUUACUAAAUAAGAAAUGUCAGCUGUUAAAAGACUGGCAGUUUACUAAGUUGUUUAUUAUUCUACUUUAUUUUCUACUCUAGUUUGUUUAUUAUUCUACUCUGUUUAACGCCAGACAAUUUUACUCGUCAAGGGGAGAGCUCUGGCACUCAAUGAGUUAACUAAUUGUUGCCUCAAAUGUUCCGAACUUUGUUUCAAACUCAACUUUUAUGAAAUGUCUAAAAUUUCAUUUUCAGGUUGAUGAAGCUAGAAAGAAUGGAUAAGCUAUACAUUGCUUGUUUUGUAAUCCUGUUACCAUCAGGUACUGUACAGUAAGGUUGUAAUCACAUCGAAAAGUCGACAAAUAGAUUUCGUUCACUGAAAUCUUCAGCGUAAAUGUUUGGAUAAUGUGAGAUAACAGUGUGUGUAAAGCGUCAUUUGUGUCGUCCCUUGUCCAGUCUUUCUGUCAAACUGUGUUGUCAUUAGUUGCUGUUAACUCAGUGGAAAUAUCACUAUCGCUGUUAACCAUUGAACUAAAAAUAACUGGAACGCCACAUUGAAGUGGAAGUUUGAAGCUAAAUUAUACAAGGUCGUACACAGGCUUUAAAAGGCCCGUUUUGAAAUAAAAGGCCCGUUUCCCUUUUGAUUCACAUCUUGCCAUGAAAACGUUCAAAACGGCAUGCUUCGAUCGCCCCCUGCAUUGUUUCGCGCGUAAAUCGCGCAGUAGAAACACGCGUGGAAGUGCGUGUCUGGGAGUCAAAACUGGCUUCAUGGGAGUUAAAUUUUGGCUUCAAAAUUUGCACGCGCAGUUUACUGAACGUAGCGUUCCAGUUAUUUUUAGUUCAAUGCUGUUAACCCAGUGGAUUAGAAUUGCUCAGGACCACAUUAAAUCAAACGUCUCAGUGAUUAGCGAUUUUGAAGCGAUAUGUCCACUGUGUUAACCUAUAUUUUAGUAUUGCAUUAGCAGGUUACCUGUAAAGGAGCAACUAGCUCUGUGGGUUAAACCGGUCAUGUGGCAAAGAUUGUAAAAUAGAUAAACUUUCCUAGUAGGUUUAUCGAUAAUUAAUAAUGCAAUGCUUUUUCAUAUUUUGUCCUCAUUUUGCUUUUCAUAAUCAUGGUUCAAAGCUAACCACCUCUCCCCAUCGUGGAACAAGUCUGUGAUCAAUGGACAAAAUCUAUUUGUUGACGGCUCCUAAAUGCUUAUGCUGGCCUGAGUGUCGGGUCCUGAUUUUCCUUCUUUAAUUUAACUAAAGGAAGAAGUGUUAAAUUGAAGGUGCUUUAUUGUUUUCUUUUAGUGGUUUUGGCUGCAGAAGAGUUGAAGCCUCAACUGAUAACGACUGAGAAAAAUGACUAUUUUGGUUAUCUGAAAGAGUUUAAUGGUUUUAAAUGCCAAGCAAGGGGAACAAACCUAAAAUAUAGCUGGAGGCACAAUGAUUUUGUUAUUAAUGAUGGUUAUAUAAUCAAGUACCCUGAACACAAUGCAUCGACUCUUCAACCGAUUGUGAGAAAUAUUGAUCUUUCCUAUCAAGGAGACUACCAAUGCUUUGUCACAAAUAGUAUUGGAACAAUCUUUGGACGGAAGGCAUCAGUCAAAUUUACAGGUAAACAGGGUUCAAAUUAACAGUGUGCAAUGUACAUCGUUAAUUGGACCAAUUAUAGUGAAAAUUGCACUUCACUUUUCCAAAUGAUGUGCAAAAAAAAAUCAGACUUGGGACUAAUUACAGUACCGCUCGUGUGUAUCUUAACAUACGAUACGCAUAUGAUACGUGUAUGCUAUGCGUAUCAUACAAAUAUGCGUAUCAUAGAAUACGUGUAUCAUACGAAUACGCGUAUCAUACAAAUACGCAUACCAUACGAAUACACGUGUCAUACGAACACACGUAUCAUACGAAUACACAUUAAAAACAAAUAUUGGUGUGCUAUAAAAGACGUGUAUUAUAGCGCCCUGCAAAUACGCAUAACAUAUACGUGCUAUUAUAAUUCGCCUAUUAAUUCCGAAACAGGUAUACUGUAUACAUACCAGUAUAUCGGAAGUUCUAAACUGAGCUACAAUACAAUAUUCAAUAAGCAUCAACCUACUGUAUAGUUGGAUUUUAGGUGCUGAUAAUGGUAAUAAUUGUUGAUUAAAUAACUUGGGCCACCGCCUGUUUUGUGAACAUUACUUUCAGACUGUUUGUAGAUACGGAGACAACGCUGUUACAAUUUUGUGAGGACCUAUAUUCUAUAGACUAUCUGAUUAAAACAUUGUGCAUGGUGUCUUAAGGUCCAGACACACCGGAUGCGAUUGGACAAUUUAGUUUUUGAAAGUUAAUAAAACAGCCAAUGAAAGCAAAUUUUAAAAGAUAUGUAGACCAAAUAACUCAAAAUGUUAUAGCGCUUCUAAAUAUUUGGAAAAUUUAAACUUAAGGAUCAAAGUUAUCGUUCAAUGAAAAUAGAAAAAUCGUGCCGCGUUGUCGAAUUGCGUCCGGUGUGUAUGGACCUUUAAGCGGCAGCAUAAUUGGCUCUAUAUUGUGUCGAAGAGGGCACUUACUACCUGAAUGGAGUUUUUAGUUUUCUAUAACGUAUAACGUGUAUCAUUCUCAAUUAUCAUACGCGUACAUGCAAGUAUCAAAUGUAGUUUCGAACGUAGUCGAUACGCAUAUUCAUAUGAUACGCUACGCGUAUGAUUGCAUACGCGUAUUCACAUGAUACACAUAUUCAUUGAUACGCUACACGUAUCAUACGCGUAUUCAUAUGAUACGCUACGCAUAUGAUACUUGUAUCAUACGCAAAAAAGUGUUACGAUAUACGCGAGCGGUACUGUAAAAUGAACUGCCAUCCAUUUUUAUAGAUUUAAAAAAGCCAAUCUGUUGUCUUAUGAUUUAUAAACAAGCGCUUUUGCAAGCACGCUAGCAGCAUGGAAGUUUGCACACUGGAAAGUGUAAAACUUUAGCCAUCAUGACAGACAAGCACUUGACUGAUUUAAUUAAUGUUACUGUGUGUGUUGGGUUUUUAUAUCAAAGAUUGCAAACAAAUUGUUUAAGAAAUUAAAUCAUUGCAGCUUGAUUGAGUAUGUUUGAAUAAGUACUGUAGCUAAAGACAAUCAUAAACCCAUUUUACAAAAAUUUCGAGCCACAUUUUUAAAAAAAUGUUGUGCAUCAUUUUUUCUCAACUAAUUGACCAUUUGCGUAAUAGACUAACUUUUGAUCUCAACAAAAAUUUCAUCACAGCUUGAAAGAGCAUCACAAAAUUAGUAAUAUUCCAAAGUUUCGUUGCGAAAUGUUGUAAAAUGCGGAUAAUAUAGCCUUGCGAAGUUUGCAAUUUUCAGUCAUUUUAGAUUACAAACGGGAAAUUGACAGCUCCAAACCCUUCGAGGCUGUCAAUUUCCCGUUUGUAAUCUAAAAUGACUGAAAAUUUCAAACUUCGCAAGGCAAUAUUAUCCACAUUUUACAACAUUUCGCAACGAAACUUUGGAAUAUUACUAUUUUUGUGAUGCUCUUUCAAGCUGUGAUGAAAUUUUUGUCUAGACUUGUUUGGAUCAAAAUUUAGUCUAUUACGCAAAUGGUCAAUUGGAACCUGAAGUUAUUCAUUUCAUUAAUACCCAUUAAACGAUAAUAUUUGCCAGUCAAGCCACAUGUUCUGGUCAGGGACUGGUGGCCAGACUAUUGUUCAAGCCCUGGCUGUUUGCUUUGUUUUUGGAAGUUGUUAUUGCCCAAAAUAGUAUCCGCAACCCAGACUUUUGGGCUUUUAGCCAGAAGGGCGUCCUGGGGCGGCCUUAGAACGAAAAAUGAAUGCCUUUGGACGCCCAAAUUCUGGGGGGAAAUGGAAAUUAUUUCCAAUUUAAUUUCCCUAAGUAUAUUAAUAUAUCUGAAACGAAAUAGCUUCAUUUCUCAUUAUUAUUAUACAUUUGAUAUUUUGAUCAAUUUGAUGGUGUACCUGGCUGAAUGAAAAUGUCAUAAGUAAAGAAGCAUAGCGACACAAACUCACAAAGUCAAGUGUGUUUGAAAAAUUUUGAAUGAGUUUGGAACAGAUACUGGCAUGAAGUAAUGUCAACUUCAAAGCUUUUCCAGAGGAACGUUUUCUCGAACCCCCCCCCCCCUUACUGUAGAUGUAUCGUUAUACCAAAAUUGGACGCCCUCUUUUAGGAUCCUGGCUAAAAGCCUGCUGCAGCCUUUUACAUGGCGUUGCACCCUAGUAGACAGAGUAAGAUAACAAACUUAGACACAUUAAAUGCCAGGUGAUUCUACUAUUGUCCAUUUGUCUUGUUAACAUUUUUGUGGCAAAGCGAAUUCACUAAUGGCUGUCCAAAAGCUGUCAAUUUUUAAUUUGCUGUCUUGAAUCAAAAUUGGCCGUCCAAAAGGUGGCUGGCUGGCUAAAACCCUGGUCUAACUCCAUAUCAUUUACCCUACCAAAUCCAGCCCAAUGAUGUAAAUUAUCUUGUUAAUUAAAACAUUGACGUUUGUGUAUUUUCAGUUGUUGGAAACUUUCAUAUUGGCCAAAACGAGAUACGGACAGUUGACGCAGAACUUGGGAAACCAUUUGUGUUGCAUUGCCCUACACACUUUCUAAGCCAGAAAGUUCAAUAUUUCUGGAAAUACGAAAGUCCCGAUAGUCGUAAGCACUUGCCGCCGGAUGCAAACUACUUUGUUACAAAUAAUGGCACAUUGUAUUUUUCAAUUCUUAAUCAGAAGAACGUUGAUUUUAUCAACAACAAUGGUGGCAUAUUCUGUGAACAAGAGGCAGAACCGGAAGGGGCAGCCAGUACAGCUAGGCGAAGCCACAGAAUUAAACUCAGGCCGUCCGGAUCUGAAGGUAUCAUGACAAUUAUGUUUGUAUACAAUAUGAUGUGGUGAAAUAGAUUUAAGCAAGGUUAAUAGCAGUAGCGUGAGGCAGUUUCUACAAAAAACUGAAAACCGACCAGAAAAAAAUGAAAAAACAUAGUGAACCGGUUUUUUAAAAAAUAUGUUCGAAAAUCGAAACUACGGUAAAAAAAGACACAACAUGCCACUCAGUAGUCAGUACUCACACAAGAUAUUAAACAUCAGGUAUUUUGUAGACGUUAUCGAAUUUCAAACAAAAUCUCUUUAGUUUUUCGUAUGUAAAUACCAAAACUUGAUGUAUUUCUAACAAACUCGUAAAUUAUGGUUCGAUUUUAGUAAAAUACCGAUUUUUCUUCAGUUUUUUUUUUCUCGCUUUCCCCCGGUUUUUCGGUUUUCUGGUUUUUCUCCAAAAGUAACAUCGAGUAUUUCGGUUUUCAAAAAACAUCGGCUUUUUUUUGGUUUACUGAAAAACCCGCCUCACUCUAAAUGGCAGUUCAGGAGAAACUUUAAAACUUGAUGAAUAUUAACUAAGCGAAUACAAUUUUUAAUUUCUUGUGUAUACCGUACCUGGUUGUUCGACGUUUUCUCUUUAAAGUUUAAAAUAUUUGAGCAUGUAUCCUUUGGACCAUUGAAGGUAACAAUUACGUCUUGAAAAUCUUUGGUUAACUAAGGGCCUGUUCAUAUGGGCAAAAGUUAUCCCGCUUAAUUAACGAGAAAACUUUUCGACUACAGUGUAGCCAAAUACUUUUGUUCUGUUCAUAUGGAGAAACUUUAUCCCGCUUACCGGGUAAAGUUUUCGGCUGUGAUGUGGCACUGAACAUCAAUUGAAUUGAAAAGUUGCUGACAUGACAGAAAGUUAUCCCGCUAAGCGGGAAAGUUGUGUUCAUAUGGGAAAAACAUCCCAGUCACCGAGAUCUCGCCUGUCAACAAGCAAGAUCUCGGUGGUACACAGGAAAACUUUUUGUCUCAUAUGAACGCAGCGUAACUUUUCAUAUUAUUUUCAUACCAAGGCGAGAUCUCGCUUGUAAACUUGUCGAAAAGUUUUCUCGCUAACCGGGAUAACUUUUGCCCAUAUGAACAGGCGCUCAAUCAAUAAAUCUUCUGUAUGAAAUUGCAAACAACAGCUCGCGAACGGGGGUUGACAAAACGUGGACCCCCCCCUUUCUGGACCCCUAAUCUGGACCCCAAUCUGGACCCUAUUCUUGACCUUUUAAAAACCUACAGACCAGAUUGUAGGACACAACUAUUUGGAUUUCAAUAUAACGAUGAUCGAUUUGAUUCAUUUAGCUUUUUUCGACUUUCUGAAUCCUCAUCCUGAUCAUUUCAGUCAUAAUCUUGUACAUUAGGGCAUUGCUGGGCAACAUAGUUAUCCAAUUAGAAAUUUCUUACUGCAAUAGUUUUCUUGUUUCAUGUUCUUUUGAAUAGGGAUAAGCACUUUCAGUAAACUGACCUUGUAAAAUGCUGUGUAAUGACAUUGUCAAUGUAGUGUUGGGUUGCUAUACAUCGGCAAAUUUACCCCGCUGCAUUUACAGCAAAAAUGUCAACAAACAUUGGCUUGUGGCCAAAUUAUGGGUCACUGUCAAAGCCAUCUCAACAAAUGCGGGUUGGGGACGGACUGCUUACAGCUGCCUAUGUAAUGUUUUCUUAAUUUGCAUGUUUUCUUUUGGUUUUUAAAAGGUCCAGAAAGGGGUCCAGAAUGGGGUCCAGAAAGGGGUCCAGAAAGGGAUCCAGAAUGGGGUCCAGAAGGGGGGGUCCACGUUUUGUCAACCCCCCUCGCGAACGCCAUAUUGUUUCAAAACGUGGUGUCCACGUGUACAUGUGAGCGUGAGAUUUAAGGGUUAGAGACUGCUGUGAGUGUUUUGUUUACAAAUAUACGCAUGCGCUGAUCAUACAAUCAACUUCGGAAUGGCUAAUUCGUCCCCAGUCCACUCAUGAACUUCGGAAUGGCUAAUUCGAACCCUGGCACCGAUAUCCAUAUCGGGGAUUGGGUUAUCGGCACUAAAAUAGAAAUAUUGCUUCGGUAAUUUUGUUGUUGGUUAUAGUUGCAGUUCAAUAGUUAUUUUUACAGUAUUACAAAUAAACAGUCACUAGCGUAUAGUAAUAAUUACUACUAGUUUGUUGCAAACAUUUACAUUACUAAUGCAUAAUUUUGUUUUGUAUAGCAAAUAAAGUGUACCAAAAGCCACAAAUCAAAACCAUCCUUUCUGAUCAUACUAUAGAGUCUAAAAGCGACAACAGCGACAAGUUGGUGCUAAAAUGUGGUGCCAUUGGAUAGUAAGUGUUUUGCUGAAACUUCCCAGGGGUGAAGUUUAUGUAGCAACUUGUUGCAGACUUGUCGUCAUGACAACUGGGAACAAGCGGUGCAAAUACAUCCUGAUAUUGGCUUGACAACAACCUUGUUACAGCCUGUUUGCAAAUCUGUAACAAUUUGCGCGAUUUUAAAGGGGCAGUGUCACGGUUCUACUGCGCAUCCAAAAUAUGCGCGAACUUGAAAAACUGUCUGCCAACAAUUAAUCAAGUUAGGAGUGAAAUACGAUAUACUAUUUAUAAUCCCUUCGUUAUGCAGGACAUCCUUGCUUUGUUUUAAAAAUUGAAGGCUGCUGCAUCUUUUCCAAUCAUGUAGCAUUAAUUCUUUGCGCCGUUUAUUUUAGCCAAUCAGCGCCGUGACACUGCCCCUUUAAAUCUGCAAGCAGUCACCCGCUCGUUAGCAAACCCUGAUGGUUUUGACUUUGUUUUCAACUGUUAACUUUUUGUAAAUUGCUAUUGAAAAGCCCUUUCAAGUAUAUACUAUAUGCGAUUUGGACCAUUUGCAUUAUAGACUAAAUUUUGAUCAAAACAAGUCUAGACAAAACUUGCUUCAUCACAGCUUGAAAGAGCAUCACAAAAUUAGUAAUAUUCCAAAGUUUCGUUGCGAAAUGUUGUAAAAUGCGGAUAAUAUAGCCCUGCGAAGUUUGCCGUUUUUCAGUCAUUUUGCAUUACGCUGGGGAAAUUGACAGCCCAAUACCCUUUGGGGCUGUCAAUUUCCCGUUUGUCACAAUUUUUGAGUCCCGUUUGUCAAAAUAUCAUAGUCACAAUUUUUGAAAGCUUAUUAUUCGAAGGGUAUUCAUGUAAACGUCUUCAAACUCUGUAUACUUAGUGAUUUUGAGGUGGUCUUUUUAGUGAUUUGGUUCAUUUCUUAAUUUGGGCACUUUUUAACACUCGUUCCCCGUCCUCUCAUCAACUUCGGAAUGGCUAAUAGAAUGAUUUCAAUCUCGAAACCAGAGCCUGCGAUCCUCUGUGCAGGCUUGCUGAGGCUCUGUGAAACACCAGCGAAAGUCAGGCUCUGAUUGGCUGUUUUUCAAGUCCUAAUUAUUAUUCAAACUGUGGGUCUAUUUAGUGAUUCAAACAUCGUUUAAUUAAUAUAAAGUUUAUUUCUCUUUGUGUAUUAUGUUUAAACAUAUCAAUGAAACACACAGCGUAACUUUAAUACACUUAUUAAGCUUCCCUAGCUUCUCAUAUGAAAUCAAUAGACUAUUCAGAUAUUGAUAUGCCAAUAACAAAAUGUAGAAUAACAACAGUGCAGCAUUACCAUAUAAGGUCAUGAUAAGCCGUUGCCUAUAAUAUUUAAAAUAACACAACAAUCCAUGAUUUACCGUAAUUAAACAAGUUAAAAUAAACCACUACCAGUAUCUUACAACAAUUCAAAACCAUGGCAAGUGUUCUUUGAAGAAUUAAAGUCGUAAUAAGCUUAAAACAACGGCAUAAUUCAUGUUUGACGGCAGUAAUGUCUAUUUAUAAAUGUCGAGCGGAGUACUGGCACAGAAUAAGGCACACAGAAUGCUGACUUCUUGGUUUUUCGUAUGAUUUUGGCGUAACUUGUAAUUCGUCAUCAAAUGCUGACGCCAUGGUCCUAGCCAGUGCGCGUUUGAGAGGCAUUCAUCCCCCUGAUAUUAUUCAAAAUGGCGGACAUCCAGGGGGGGAUGCCUCUCUAACGCGCACUGGCUAGGACCAUGGCGUCAGCAUUUUGAUGAUGAAUCAUGGCGUAGCAGCGGUUACUCGAGUCGACCUUCUGCGUGCCUUAUUCUGUGGUGCUGGAUCUAAAUGUUCUGAUUUUCGUGCAAAAGUCACCGGUGUUUCCCAGAGCCUAAGCAAGCCUCUGAAGCAAGACUCUGGACACAGAGGAUUGCAGGCUUGGGUUUCGAGAUUGGAUUGAUUUACGUUAUUACUGAAAUACAUCAGUGAAACUUUUAAUUAUUUCCUUUAGUCCCGUCCCAGAUUUAAAGUGGUACAGAGUCGAUUCCGUCACUAACGCUGACAAAGAGAUUAAGGAAUCAUCACAUUACAAACUUUCACGCUUCAAUCAAGUCCUGGAAAUCACUAACGUCGCGCCUGAUAAAGCUGGAAAGUAUAAAUGCGUGGCUACGAACGUGCGGAAUAAGCAAGUGGCGAAGGAUGAAGCAAGUGGCGCAGUCAAAGUUGCAGGUAAAUAAUAGAACUCCAUGCGG